AUGCCCGACUGCUGCUACGUGCUGGUCUGCUACUCCGCGCCCGACAGCUGCUUCGUGCGGGACUGCUGCUUCGUGCCCGACUGCUGCUUCGUGCGGGACUGCUGCUUCGUGCCCGACUGCUGCCUCAUGCGGGACUGCUGCUUCGUGCCCGACUGCUGCUUUGUGCGGGACUGCUGCUUCGUGCCCGACUGCUGCUUCGUGCGGGACUGCUGCUUCGUGCCCGACUGCUGCCUCAUGUGGGACUGCUGCUUCGUGCCCGACUGGUGCUUCGUGCGGGACUGCUGCUUCGUGCCCGACUGCUGCUUCGUGCAGGACUGCUGCUUCGUGCCCGACUGUUGCAUCGUGCAGGACUGCUGCGCCGUACCCGACUGCUGCUUCGUGCGGGACUGCCGCUCUGUUCCCGAUUGCUGCUUCGUGCAGGACUGCUGCUCCGUGCCGAAUGCUGCUUCGUGCGGGACUGCUGCUUCGUGCCCGACUGUUGCUUCAUGCGGGACUGCUGCUCCGUGUCCGACUGCUGCUUCAUGUGGGACUGCUGCUCCGUGGCAGUUUGCUGCUUUGUGCGGAGCUUCUGCUUCAUGCCCGACUCUUGCUCCAUGCCCGACUGCUGCUUUGUGCCUGACUGCUGCUUCAUUCGGGACUGCUGCUUCGUGCGUGGCUGCUGCUCCGUGCCUGACUGCUGCUUCGUGUGGUACUGCUGCUCUGUGCCCGACUGCUGCUUCGUGCCCGACUGGUGCUUCGUGCACAACUGAUGCUCCGUGCCCGAUGGGUCUUCGUGGCUGA